AUGCCGACCGCCUUCUCGCCGCAGAUCAUCUCUUCUAUCAUCUUCGUCUUCAGCAUGUCGUCCAGCUCUUUCGUCGCCACGCUUCUCGUCGCCGGAUUGGCUCUCUCGUCGGCUCAGAUCGCCGUCAACGGACCAUUCUUGGGUAGAUACUAUGUGGCCGCGAAGCCGGUGCUCGCGCCAGGUGUCGCUCCACUAGCCGCUCCAGUUCUCGCUGCUGCGCCAGCUCUUGCUCCGGCUCCAGUCGUCGCUGCUGCGCCAGCUCUUGCUCCGGCUCCAGUCGUCGCUGCCGCGCCAGCUCUUGCUCCGGCUCCAGUGCCAGUUGCUGCCGCGCCGCCAGCUCCACUUUUGGCGCCACCAGUCCCACCAGUCGCCCCAAUUGUGCCAGCGUUUGCUCCACGACCAGUCCUCGCCGCUCCAGCGUUCGCCCCGGCUCCAGUGCCAGCUUUCGCUCCAGCUCCAGUCCCGGUCGCCGCUGCUCCAGCUCCAGUCCCGGUCGCCGCUGCUCCAGCUCCAGUCCCGGUCGCCGCUGCUCCAGCUUUCGCUCCAGCUCCACUCCCGGUCGCCGCUGCUCCAGCCAUCGCUCCAGCUCCACUCCCGGUCGCCGCUGCUCCAGCCUUCGCUCCAGCUCCACUCCCGGUCGCCGCUGCUCCAGCCUUCGCUCCGGCUCCAGUCGUGCCAGCCUACGCGCCAUUCGCUCGCACCGCUUUCCUCAUCGGGGGAAACAAGGCGAAGAAGGUCGACGUCUAA